ACAUUACAGCGACCUGCAUACUUAGUAAUCGACAGUUUCUUAAGCUCGGUGAUCGUGUAUAUAUCUUGUACGCAUAAUUUACGCCUAGAUGUCAAAUUCUUAAGCAGGCAAGAUACAUGAUCAGAACAUCGUGAAAAUGCAUUUAGGCAGCAAACAUUUAAUGUGAGUUUGCAAAGAGGGAGAGUGCCUUCCUAUGUUGCAAAUCUCUCUUUUCUCUGCAGGCGUUCAACAUGGCGUGUAUGCUGCAUUGACAAGUUCACUAAAACGACUACACGGGAAGUGACCCAUUCACACAUAGUGUACAGGGCACUCUGAUGUUUGUACACGGGGAGAGUUGAAUGAACGCCAGCUUCCUUACUGAACACAAAUUCAUUAGCUGCAUCGUUUACAAUAUUGCAUUCUUAUGUAAACAAUGAAACGGAGAGGCUGAGUAACUGCAAAGGAAUUUACAACCAUCGAACCCCGAUCACAACUUGAUCCCAUUGCAACAUGUGGUCGUUCAUGGAACUGUUUGGAUGAACUAGGAAGUGUAGCGGAAACCAGAAAUCAAUACAAGCUAAUCAAGAUUGCGAGGACACUUGUAGUGAAGUUAAUUACUGACGCUAUUUAUUUAGAAAAAAAAUUUGUAAGAGAUUUAUUUUCUGGAUGAAACGGACAAAAUGAAUUACACACAUUUUCUUCCUCUUUUGGAGCUAACCUUGUCAGAAACUGUAGCACAGAAGACCAGGCUUCGUGAAAAUGUCAAACAUGUCAACUCCGAUAUUAUGGCUCGAGCGAAAGCUCUGCACGACGCAGUGGAUCGAGCAUGUGGAUCGCUUUUUAAAUGGACAGGAAAUAUGACGCGCAAGGAACUGAAACGGCUUGACGCACAUGAGAAGGAUCUUUUGAACAUAAUAAAUCGGGUUACAGACGAGGGUGGUGAUGAACUUUAUGAUAAUCAAGUCAGUGAAUGUACUGAGAAAACCAAACGAAACACUGCUCAUGGCAAAGAUGGGGUGUUCCCAGAAAUUCAUCGACUAACUGAAUUUCGAUAUGUAUCUCUGAAUUUUUCUGUUAAUCAACCCUUAAAUGACGCAUUUAUGAAAGAGUUGUGUGGAUCCAUACAGAUAUAUCAAAUAACACCACCAUCAUCAAUUCUUAAAAACCGCCGCAGCACUGUACCUAAUAUUAGACUGUCACUGGUAGCAGAGUUUCUGUGUCAAGGUCAAGGCCCAUCUAGCAAUGUCCACGCAGUUGCACCAAUAUCCGACACUGAGGCCUGGGUGUGUUGUGGAUGGGGAAGCAAAGAGAUCGGUCUCUACCACACAAGUGGGGAGAAAAAGGUUACGGUGAAACUUGAUAUCAACGUCAACCACAUCGUCCUGACGAAGUCUGGAGAUCUCCUGGUCUCCAGCUACAAUGGACAAACAAUCAAAAGAGUGGAUCAAACACUGAAAGUCUCAACUUUCGCCGAUCUUACUUUCUUUUCCCGUGGAAUGACUUUGACUGAUGACGACUGUGUUUACGUUUGUGGAGCAGAAAGAAAAGGAAGUUCCGGUCCAACAUCGGAGGAUAACCGGCGGAACGUCAUCGCCAAAUAUUCACUGGAUGGCUCUCUGGUUUCGGACUUGACAAUUUCCCCACAUGAUGCACACAGAAUAACCUUAACCGUUGACAACAAGAUAUGCUUUUCAGACUAUGAAAAGAGCAACAAGCGUCAGAUUGUACUGAUGGAUGAGAAUGGUCUAGAGUUAUGUAAGUACGCGGGACCACCACGACAUGAGCAGGAGAGUCCAUUUUAUCCUCUUGAUUUAACGUGUGAUCACUACGGCCAUAUCAUUGUGUCUGACUGGAACAACGAUUGUGUGCAUUUAAUGAACAAGAACACUGAUUUUUUGCAGUUUCUCGUCGAAAAGGGAGAAGGCAUUGAAAAUCCGAACGCUUUAGCAAUAGACAGAGAGGGGAGGCUUUGGGUUGGUAAUGCUACUGGUGUUGUAAGAGUUUACAAUUAUUUCAGCUGGUAGUUGGAUUUCAACAUGGUACAUGUAUCAUAAAGUAUGGUGAAGUAUUUAAACGGGGCCGUUUUCAUGUAUGACUACCUUGUUUUAGCGUCCCUCUUGAGAAUUUUUCACUCAUAUGGAGACGUCAUCAAUACUGGAGAAGGGCUUUAAAUUUAGGCCUAUGCUCGGCGCUUACAGCCAUUGAGCAGUAAGGGUUCUUUAGCAUGCCACACUUACCGUGACAAGGGUCAUCCGUUUAUAAGGUCAUUUCUGCGGAUCCGUAAUAUUCACACCUGAUGCCGAGAGUUUGACGAUGGAACUGUCACUACCUGUCUUAACGCCUUGAGUCUGUCGCGGCCUGAUUCGAACCCCGACCUCUAGACCACCGCGGCGGUUUAAUCGUUUUCAUAACAUACUGACUACGGAAAGGCAAGAUGGUACUGUACACAUGUACUUGUAAUUGUUAUUUCUAAAUACUUAAUAUGACUGAGGAUGUAUUAAAUUCAGCGCGGAGGAAGCAAAUGGAUAUAAAAGAGUCAGCCUGUCCGUCUAACUUUGAAAGAGGCAUUUAAUCUACAAAUAAUGAUGUGUCAUGACCUUUGCUUUAGUAAAUUUUUGAGAAUGUCAAGGUUACAUUGAGAAAAAAAAGAGUUUGCUCGCGGGCCAUAACUUUGUUAAAAGGCAAUAUUAGACGAUCAUACUUAACACUAAACUUCCUUAUGACCGUUCUUUAUUCAAGGUCAUUAGAAAAGGUCAAUGUCACUGUCCCGGAGUAAAAAGGUGAAAACGCUUUUCUGGCGACAUCAUUUUAAUACACGUGACGUAAAGUUUGUUUAGAAAUGUAGGGUAUGUCAUUUUGUUCAAUACGGUAUUUGUUCAAAAAUAUGUUAGGCCUUAAAUACUCUUUAGACUGUCAUACAGUACCCUACGCUUGUGACAUAUAUAUUUUUACGAUUUUAGAUAAAAGACAAUCUAAUUAAAAUCAGAUCCUAAAAUAUGCUCACAUUCGCUACAAUGCGCAGAGUAUACGGCGCGGAUCUAAGAAGUAUGAUUUUCAUUAGAUUGGACAAAAAGAUCACAAAAGAAAAGUGCAAAGUUUGGUCCAGGUCAUAUGUUUGCAAUGGUAAAACGUUAUAUACUCAUUAGGCCAAAAAAUAGGUGUGUUUCCGAUUACAUCUCGGAAAAAAAAAAAGUCGGCGGUAGGCAGAACUUUUUUUAAAUUUGAUUUUUUAUUCAGUCAAUAUUUGCCUCGUAUCACUGGGGAAGAAACUUUUCCACGAUAUAUACAUUUGUGAGUACUGCCAUGUAGCACAAAGUGUUCAAAAUUGGGUCAAAUACUAAAAUAAACCAAAAAUGACAUUUUGACAACUGAUUUUACCCUAUUUAAUACAAGAUUGCAUGUAAAUCUGUGUUGAUUUACUUACAGAAAGCAUGCAAGACACCAGUUUGAAAAUUUCCGAUAAUUUGAAUAUCGAGCCUGAACUUAUUAGAUUUUUUUUUAUUUGAGAAACGAAGUGUACGUAAAUUAACGACUGCAAUUUUUCCGGAAAAUUAGGGUCUGGAUAAAAAUUUAGGGUUGGUCGGGUAACAGGAAACACCUAUUUUUUAAAAUUUUUUUUUUUUGCCUUACUAUCAGUUGCGGUAGCUUAGUGGUAUAGAGCUUACUUCGUUACCGGGAGGUCGGAAGUUCGAGCCCCGCUAGUACCAUGGUUGAGUCAAACCUGAGACGUAAACAUCGGUAGUAACUGCUCCUUCGCCAAAUGCUCGGUAUUUAGAAGCGACAAUUACGGGGUCUUUCGGAUAUGUUCUUAAAAAGAGAGGUCCCGUGUCGCGGCAGGUAUUGACACGUUAAAUACCAUCACUGCUACGACCCUGAACCUGUAAGCAUAGGUUUAAAUUUGUGGUACUUUACCUGCAGCUGGUCACGUCUCAAUAUAUUAGUGAGGCGUAGAACAAAUUACUUGACCCAAUGGUUGUUUUUAUAGGCCCCUACGUCCAUCGAAGACGGGACGUAUUAUGGUUUGGCGUCAUCCGUCUGUCUGUCCGGGCCUUGUGGGCAGGAUGUAGACCAAACCGUAAACUCCAGGAUUUUACAACUUGGUACAUUUGAUCACCAUGAUGAGAGGAAAAUGCCUAUUGUUUUUUAAGGUCAGAGCUCAAGUCGUAGUAUCACUUAAUAAGAAAAGCUUGUAGGCAGGAUACAGACCAAACUAUAAGCUUUAGGAUAUUGCUACUUGGUAUAUUUGAUCACCGAUGCGUGAAAAAUGCUUAUCAUUUUUCCAGGUCAGAGGUCAAAGUUGUAGUAUCAGUUAAUAAGUAAACAUUGUAGGCAGAACUAGUAGGGCUAGGACUGUCAAACUUGGUAUACAUACUCCUCAUGCCAAGUGGAAGAAUUCUUUUGUUUUUUGAAGGUCAAAGGUUAAGGUCGUAGUAUCAUUUAGUAGGAAAACCUUGUAGGCAGGAUGCAAACCGAACCGUAAGAUCCAGGAUAUUACAACUUGGUACAUUUUAUCACCAUGAUGAGAGAAAAAUGCCUAUUUUUUCAAGGUCAAAGUCGCAUUUUCACUUAGUAGGAAAAUCUUGUAGGCAAUAUUCAGAUUGAACCGUUGGAACUAGGACAAUCAAACUUGGUGCACAUACACCUUACGCCAAGUGAAAAUAUUACACAGAAAGUACAUGAUUUGUCUUGUUUUUAUGCAAAGAAAGUAUGUCACACCCUGAUGAUUACUUAUACAACUUGAAGACAAGUUCUACAAAUCAUGGUGUAUGACAUCUUCGCUAGCCAAGGGUUUUCGGUCUAGCGAAGAUGGGUGUAUGAAAAACGCCCUAUAUUAGGUUUUCAUGGGCGUAUUUUGUACCGUUGGCGGUAUUCUUGUUGACAGACAAAUUGUUUUGAUUUACAACUGGCCAACCUCUCAGAAAUUCGAAUUCGUAGUCUAAUCCGUAACUACAUGUAAGCAAACCCUAGCUUUCAGAAAUUUAAAUGAACAUGGUUUUGUACAUUCUGUAUUUUGAAUGAUCCCCAGUUUGAAUGAACCCAGAGGGGUAUUAGUCUCGUUGGGACAUAUAUAGUUUGAAGCAAAAAACAUAACCACUUCCAUGUACUAAAUUGGUGUUGGUCCUGUGUGGCAAAAUGUAUGAAUCUUAAACAAUGUGUCUGCAUUUUUAUGGAAAAUUAGUUUUUAAUUUCUGUAGAUAUGCAUAGGAACACCAGUACAGCGUAUAAUUAAGAAGUGUCAUUCACUGUGCAGUCGGCAUUGAAUAACCUUACACUUAAGAUAAAAAUGUUGCCAAUUUCAUGUUUAUUUUCGUAGAUUUAAGCGUGUCUGGUUUUGUGAAUGAUUUUGAGAGAAUAAAUAAAUUUGUUCGAACACGCAUUUCUUCUCCACAUCUUUAAAAUGAGAUCGUUCCCAUUUCACCGUCACUGGUACAGUUACUGGUAAGGAAAAACAUUUUUAUGCUCCCGCCACAAAGUGGUUGGGUAUGACGUCCUGAUAGGUCCGUUUGCAAAAGCGUGACAGUGCGUUAGUUACAACAUGCCGCCAUGCCAACCAGCAACGUGCUGUUACAUUAACACAACUUUACACAACUCGCCUUCGCGCCGACAAGAAAUGCACAGUUACCCCGACAUGUGUAUAUGCGAUAAAAUUUUAAUAGACAGUUGUAUUAGCGUGAUGGCGCUUUGCUUGUCAGCGCGAAGGCGAGUAGUGUUAGCGUGACGGCGCGUUGCUUGUCAGCGCGAAGGCGAGUUGUGUAAAGUUGUGUUUGCGUGACGGCGCGUUGCUUGUUGGCGUGACGGCGUGUUGUGACUAACGCACUGUUACGCUUUUGCAAAUGGCCCUAUCAGAACACCAUAGUCGGGGCAUUUAGUUUUACCCAGUUUUCUGGACUUUUUUCUAAAUGCCUUGAGAUAUAGAAUUGAUGUUUUUGUAUGCAGGUGUAUAAUGAUGAGUUACCGGUACAGAUUGAGUUUGAGUUUUGUUCCAGUUCGUCGAUUUUUUUUGGAGUUGUGCCCCUUUAACUUACAAAAAUUACUGUUUGGACCAGUUUUCCUGACUUUUUUUCUAAAUACCUUGCCACAUUGAAUUGGUUUGUUUGCAUGCAGAUGUAAUUGGUGAGUUACAGACAGAUCGAGUUUGAGUUUUGUUCGGAUUCGUUAAUUUUUCACGGAGUUGUGUCCUUUAACGUAAUAAAAAUUGCUGUUACGA